AAUGCUGCAAGUUGUGAAGCGCAUUCCAGCCGUGAGCCGCAUCACCAAGCGGAAAGUAAAUGCAUUAAGCAUAAACCAAGCUUAAACAGGUAUAACUUGUUUUGUAUACUAACUUCAACAAAGAAAAGGAAAAAUAGAAACAUUUUUACUAUACAAAAUGGAUUGAGACAAGAAAAAACAUCCUUGAAACUAAAAUAUGUCAUUCAAUAAUGCAUUUAUAGAUCCAUAGGUGGCAGCAUCUUGUUUCUGAUUAGCAUCCUGACGUAUAAUAAAGGGUGUGCACAUAAUAAAAAGCAUGCAUAAACUGAAAUGCAGUCAGGUGAGGAAUGGAGACCAGAUUUGUUUUUAUUGGCUUGAAUUUAACAGUGUGCUUGUUAGAGCUGACGUCUGUUGCUGUGUUAGCCGUGCCUCUGGAUGGUGUGAGACAAACGAUUGAACUUUCAGUGAAUCAGACUUUAGCAGAUGUCAGUACUGACGAUUCAGCUGAAUGCAGCUUGCUGAAUCCCCCCAUCUUACCUGCAUUCUCAGUAGAUGGGGACUUUGUUAUCGGAGGUGUUUUCAUUUUACACGACAAACUACACAUAAAGAUUAAUGACUACAGCACCAAGCCUGAGCCUCUAAGAUGCACAGGGAGUCUUAUUGCCGCAGAACUUACUUUCUCAUCUGCAAUGAUCUUUGCCAUCGAGGAGAUCAACAACAGCACCGAGCUGCUGCCAGGCAUCAAACUCGGAUAUCAGAUCUAUGAUUCUUGUGCAUCGGUCCUCAUGGCUUCACAUAUUUCAUUUCAAAUGUUAAAUGGUCAGGACGCUGCGUUUUACAAAAGCAGAAAUUGUUCCCAGUCUGGUGAGAUGAUGGCUGUUGUUGGAGACUCUGGCUCUACGACAUCCAUCAGCAUCUCUCGCAUCAUCGGGUCCUUUAACAUCCCACUGGUCAGUUACUUUGCCACAUGUUCCUGUCUGUCAGACAAGCAGCAGUUCCCAACUUUUUUCAGAACAAUUCCCAGUGACCAGUUCCAGGCUGAUGCACUGGCCAAGCUGGUGAAACACUUUGGCUGGACUUGGAUAGGAGCUGUCCACUCUGAUACAGAUUAUGGAAACUAUGGCAUGGCGUCUUUUCUUGCUGCAGCACAGAGAGAGGGAAUCUGUGUGGAAUACUCAGAAUCCUUCUAUCGGACCGACCCACACAGGAAGAUCCAGAGGGUAGCUGAUGUCAUCCGCAGGUCAACAGCACGGAUUAUUGUUGCAUUCAUGGAGUCUGGAGAUUUGACUGUUCUUUUAGAAGAGCUGGCCCAGGAGCCUCCACAACCUCGCCAGUGGAUCGGAAGUGAGGACUGGAUCACUGACCCUCAACUGAUGGCUUACAGUUUCUGUGCAGGAGCCAUCGGGUUUGCUAUCCAGCAAUCCGUCAUCCCAGGUCUGAGAGAGUUCCUGCUGGAUCUUUCUCCCUCUGAAGCAGCUGCCUCCUCUGUGUUUACUGAGUUCUGGGAGGAUGCGUUCAACUGCAGCUUGGCAGAAAGAGUGGAAUCAGACAAAAGAGUGUGUGAUGGAACUGAAGACAUGGAGACACUGAACAGCCCGUACACUGAUACAUCUCAGAUAAGGAUCACUAACAUGGUGUACAAGGCUGUUUAUGCUAUAGCUCAUGCUAUUCACAAUGCAGUGUGCCAGGAAACAAACUUUACCACUCAGUGUGAAAAAGAUGUUAGUAUAAAUUACAAACAGUUUCUAUCUGUAAUGAAGAAAAUCAACAUUUCAAAAAAUGGUUAUCCUGUGUCAUUUGAUGCUAACGGAGAUCCUGUAGCUUUUUAUGAGCUGGUCAACUGGCAGAAGAGUGAGAGUGGAGUUAUUGAGCUGGUAACAGUAGGGUACUAUGAUGCAUCACUGCCUAAAGGACAGGAGUUUCAGAUCAAGAGAAAAAUAACCUGGAUGGAUGGUGGCACACAAGUCCCAGUAUCAGUGUGCUCUGAGAGUUGUCCUCCAGGAACUCAUAAAGUCCUGCAGAAAGGAAAACCCAUCUGCUGCUAUGAUUGUAUACCAUGUCCUGAAGGAGAGAUUAGUAACACGACAGAUUCUCCAGACUGUUUCCCGUGUCCCAGUGAAUCGUGGCCUAAUGCACAAAGAGACGCUUGUUUCCCCAAACCUGUGGAGUUUCUUUCCUAUGAUGAAGUCCUGGCAAUCAUCCUGGCUGCAUUCUCUGUUAGUGGGGCCUGUCUGGCCAUCAUAACAGCAGCUAUUUUCUUUCAUCACAGAACAACUCCAAUUGUCAGAGCCAACAACUCUGAGCUGAGCUUCCUGCUGCUCUUCUCUCUGACUCUGUGUUUCUUAUGUUCAUUAACUUUCAUCGGAGCUCCCUCUGAUUGGUCCUGCAUGCUGCGACACACAGCGUUUGGUAUCACCUUUGUUCUCUGUAUCUCCUGUGUUCUUGGCAAAACUGUAGUGGUUUUAAUGGCCUUUAAAGCUACACUUCCAGGUAGUAAUGCCAUGAAAUGGUUUGGGCCUCCACAGCAAAGAAUGACUGUUGUUUUUGUUACUUUUAUUCAAGUUCUUAUCUGUACUGUGUGGUUGUUACUCAGCCCUCCAUUCCCAAUGAAGAAUCUGAGCACAUACAAGGAGAAGAUCAUCCUGGAAUGUGCAUUAGGUUCUGCUGUUGGGUUCUGGGCUGUGCUCGGGUACAUUGGCCUGCUGGCUGUUUUCUGCUUUGUGUUAGCUGUUCUAGCUCGGAAACUACCUGAUAAUUUUAAUGAAGCCAAGCUGAUAACCUUCAGCAUGCUGAUAUUCUGUGCAGUGUGGCUCACCUUCAUCCCAGCAUAUGUCAGCUCUCCUGGAAAAUUUACUGUAGCUGUGGAGAUAUUUGCUAUUCUGGCCUCCAGUUUUGGACUGAUUCUGUGUAUUUUUGCUCCAAAGUGUUUCAUCAUCUUAUUUCAGCCUGAGAAGAACUCUAAGAAAUAUUUAAUGAACAAAAACUAAAUGUGUUAUGUUGGAAGUUUGAAAUAUUAGAUAAUGAAAUUGUCCCAAUAAAAGUAAACACUCCUUGUAAAUAUUUUAGAAAGCUCUGUAAUCCUAUUUUUACCAUAAAAAUAAAUCUUUGAACAUCUCAAAAACGGUUCUAAUAAUUUUGCUUUAGUGGUUUUCUUUUUGUCACAUAUUUUGCCACCCGAAAUAAAAUGUUUGUGUAACAUUAAAAGUGUGUAAAUUUGACCUAUUUUCCAGCCAUAGCAAUACACAUGUUUGUAGAUGAUAUUUUAAAAUUAUAUUUAGCUAUUAUCUCUCAUUUCAUUUCUACAGUUGUCAUAAGUUCUUAUGUUUUUUGAUUAAUUAUUUUAUAAACGCUUCUUUUACUUUCAGUUGCAAAUAUUAUGUACAGCAAUUUUUGAAAAUAGCAUCUCCAGUUUAAUUCUGACAUUUUCAAGUUAUGUAACUGGUAAAGGGAAACAGAAAACAAAUUGUGUCAAGACUUGGUUGUUGGAAUCAGACCCAAAUGCAGCCAGGUGAAUAAGUUAUAAAUCGUUUAAUGGAGGAACAUGGGGAGCAUGGGGAGCUGUUAUGAUUCACCCCUUUUUGUUUGGUUUAGUGAUUGUUUUACCCCUGUUAUUUUGUUUCAGGUCAGCUGCAGCUCCUCUCAGGAGCCCUCCCCUUCCUGGUGAACCUCCUGGAGUUUUUGCAGCUGAACCAAAUGACCCAGCUUGUUCUCACCCUAUUUCAGGCCACUGCUGCCAGUCCUCAGCGUGGCGUUGUGUUGACUGUUUGUCGAGUUUGUGGAACUGGUGUUCAUGCAAGCCAUGUUUCCUGUUUUUGAUUCCCACAGUCAGUGGAGGAAUUUUUGUUAUUAAACUCUUUGAACUCAGGUACAGGACUAUUAUUCUUGCGAUUGGGUUAUAGCCUGAACCCCACCAUGACAGGAGCAUGGGGAGCAUAGUAAAAAUGCAGCACACAGAACCAACAGAGAACAAUGAAGAGAGCAGGCUUAAAUACACUGAGGAUGCUAGUCAAGACAAGGCACAGGUGUGAUGAAUAUUGAUGAUGAUGAUGGGCAGGUGUAAGUAAUUAGCUCUGGGGGUAGAGAGGUAAAAUCCAAUCCAAUCCAAUCCAAUUUUAUUUAUAAAGCGCAUUCACAAGGCAUUACAACCAAACAAGGCGGUGUACACAAAAAAUGUUAGUUAAUUAAACAGGCGGUAUACAAACAUGUCAAACACAGAUAAAACAUAAAAAGGAAAAUACAACAAAAUUCCCAAAAACUAACAGCUAAAACUCAAUAAGACACAGGGAGAAUAAAAAAUUAGAAAAACAUUUUAAAAAAGAACCUCAAAGACAACAACUGGUGAAUAAAUGAAUAUACCGGUAACCAAAUAACAAUAGCUAAAGAUUAAGCAUAACAGAACUAAACACAAUAACCCAAAAGUAGAAACUCAAAGGCUGGAAGAAAAAUAUAAUAAAACAGGAAGGAUGGCUAGUGAGGAUAACAGAAUCUAUAACAGUGGGAGAGCUACUCUGGGGAAAUAGGAACAGAACAUGUCGGAGGGACUAUGGGUGUUUCUCAAUGCCAAGGAACCUUGCCAUGAUGUCUUGGCCCCACCCCGGUUGCCUUGGAAAUACAUCAUCGGGAGGCACCAAGACAUGUUCCAAUGUUCAUAUUCUACUGAGGCGUGUGUUCUCCGUUUGUUAGCCGUUUAGCUAGUUGAGUGAGGAUA